AUGAUUGGUACGAGACUCGACAUUGCGUAUGCAGUAGGUAAGUUGAGUAGAUAUACUUGCAAUCCGAGUGAGCAUCAUUGGCAUGCUAUAAGAAGAGUACUAAAGUUUCUCAAGAAAACGCUAGAUUAUGGCAUCCAUUACAGUGGAGAUCCUACUAUACUAGAAGGGUAUUCGGAUGCAAGUUGGAUCACUGAUCAAGAGGAUUAUUCCUCAACUAGUGGAUGGGUAUAUCUAUUUGGUGGGGGUGCAAUAUCUUGGGGAUCUAAGAAGCAAACGUGUCUUACAGAUUCAACUAUGGCUGCAGAAUUUGUAGCCUUGUCAUCCGCUUCUAAGAAAGGGGAAUGGUUGAGAAAUUUGCUUUUUGCAAAGAUUAACAUUUUUGCACAACCUUCAUAA